AUGGGAAAUAAUCUAAAAGCCUAAGUAUUCUUCAAGAAGAACAAGGAAAAGGUUGAAUCGAAAUAUAACAGUAUCUUGGAAAUCUAAGUUGAAGAUAUUAAUAGCAGUCAAGUUCUUUUGCAAGAUUUACUUAAAGAUAAGAAGUGCACAAUCAUAGUAAAUGUAGCUUCAAAAUGUGGAUUGUCUUAAAAGAUGUAUUCAGACCUUGUGAAAACUUAUGAGAAAUUUCAUGACUAGGGAUUAGAAAUCUUGGCUUUCCCUUGCAAUUAGUUUAUGAACUAGGAGCCUGGCUCUAAUCUUUAAAUUUUGGAAUAUGCUAGAGAGACGCAUGGAGUUCAGUUCCCUAUAUUUGCGAAGACAGAAGUGAAUGGCAAAAGAGCCAACGAGCUAUUUAAGUAUUUAAGAGCUAGUUGUCCAGAUUUAAGAUCAAAGAAUAGUAAAGUAAAGGCUUUACCAUGGAAUUUUUGUAAGUUUAUCCUGGAUUAAAACGGAUAGCAAGUUAAAUAUCUAGAUCCUAAAACUACACUUGAAAGCAAUUUCCAUGUUAUUUAAAAAGUAAUAAAUGGAGAAUAAGUUUAGAAUGAAGAUUAGGAAUUGCAGAUAGAGUGA